CGUGAGCGCUAUCUGUAGCUGGCGUUGACUUUCCUGCGCACUGUUUGGAGUUUGACCACUGUCAGAGGAAAGGACAUGUCCAUUUCUCAGGACCCAAACGGAGGAAUGACUUGAAACAGCUUAGAACAAGAAAACAACCGGAAACAUUUCAGUAAACCUGGAAAUAAUCGGAAAGCCAUGGAUCCUUCAUCUACAGGCAACCUGCCCACACCAAAGCUCAACCCUUCCUCCCCAGCCUCCAUGAGCCCUGGGACCUCCUCCCUCGGCUCAUCCGUGGGCUCCUCCACCCCUGAGCCAAAGAUGCAUAGAGUCACACUGCCGACGCCUCCGACCACGCCGGCAUCUCCUCCAUCCACCGCCUUGCCUCAGAUACCGCCCAGGCUUCAUUCUCGCUCUUCCUCCCUCUCCACGCCGACAACCGUGACUCCCCGCCGGCCCACCAGAAGCUUUUCGCAGCCGGGCAGAUCACAGCUCAACGCAGCGUCGUCAACAAGCAGUCUUCUGAAUGGAUCGUCAGUUGCUGCGGUGCCUCCGUCACCUGCCUCACCUGAACCAGAUGAGCCGGAGGAGGAGGUCCGAUUUGAGGAUUUGGAGGAGAGGGCGAAGUCAGGUGACGCUAAAGCCCAAACAAAGAUGGGCCGUUACUUUUUGGCCUUGGCCGAAGAAAGCGACGAGGAGCUGAACAACUGCACAGCGGUCACUUGGCUGGUCCAGGCUGCCAAACAGGGCCGCAAAGACGCUGUGAAACUGCUGCAGCAGUGCUUAAAAUCCAGAAAAGGCAUCACUCUGGAGAACCUUGAGGAGGUCAAGAGGUUGUGCACAGAGACUCGUUUCGAGAGGGGAGUGAGGAAAGCGGCUCUGCUCAUGUACUACAAGCUGAACCCGGAGAAGAAGAAGUCGGUGGCGGUUUCUGAGCUGCUAGAGAAUGUGGAGCAUGUUCACAUUGAACCAGGCAAACCCGUCUGCUCAGGCCCGCUCAACAGCUCCACUAAGAAACAAAGGCGAGUCCUGGAGACGAUGGUCUCCAGAGAAGGCAGUUCUCAUGUAGGUCUGGAUGAUUUUGUUGAGAUGACAAAGAAAUACGCUCAGGGUAUUGCGCCGUCACCUGUCAUGGCGGCUGCAGCGGACGAUGACGACGACGACGACGAUGUGGUGGUGAAAAAUCCAGAUGAACUGCCGCUUCACCAGAAGUUGCUGAAGUUCCCGCUGUACGCGCUGCUGGAGAUAAAAGAGCAUCUCAUCGACUGGGCGUCGCGGGCCGGCAUGCAGUGGCUCAGCGCCCUCAUCCCCACUCACCACGUUAACGCGCUCAUCUUUUUCUUCAUCAUCUCCAACCUCACCAUUGAGUUUUUCGUCUUCCUCAUCCCCCUGCUGGUUUUCUACCUCUCCUUCUUCUCCAUGGUCAUCUGCACCCUGCGGGUGUUUCAGAACUCAAAAGCAUGGGAAAAUUUCCGAGCUCUCACAGACCUGCUUGCUCAGUUUGAGCCUGGCCUGGACCUGGAGCAGGCCGAGACCAACUUUGGACGGACACACCUAGAGCCUUACCUGUACUUCCUGCUCUCGGUGGUCUUCGUCGUGUUCUCCUUCCCCAUCGCCGACAAGUCCUGGAUCCCCUGCUCGGAGCUAGCCGCCGUCGCCCUCUUCUUCACCAUCACGGCCUUCCUCAGCCUCCACGCCUCUGCCCAGCUCUUCGCUCGUAAAGCCCUCCUCACGGAGGUCCUCUCGGGGGCGUGCUCCCUCACCCAGCACCUGCCCGACUCCCUGUGGUUCCUGCGGAUGUUGGGCCUGACGUUCGUCACGGUGCCGCUGGGAGACGCGCUGGCGUUAAACCUGGGCAUGCCGUGGCUUCUGUACGGACACCUCGUCUAUCUUCUCCUCCGCAUGGCCCAGCUGAGAGGCUUCAAGGGGACCUACCUGUGCCUGGUGCCCUACUUGGUGUGCUUCACCUGGUGCGAGCUCUGCUUGGUCUUCCUCAACAACGCCACAGCCAUAGGACUCAUCCGGACCUGCGUGGGCUACUGCCUCUUCCUCUUCGCCCUUCCUAUCCUCUCCCUGGGCCUGGCUGCCAUGGUCAUGAUCCAGUUGGCGCAGUGGUUCCUCACCCUGGAGGUGACGAAGAUGGCGGUGACGCUGGUCGUCUGCUUUGUGCCCGUGGUGCUGCGGCUUUGGACUCGCUUCAGCCUCAACCCCGUCGCCGUCUUCCGGUCCUUGUCGCGGAGCAGCGUCGUCAAGCUCAUCCUGGUGUGGCUGAGCGCGGUGGUGCUCUUCUGCUGGAUGUACGUCUACAGGUCCGAGGGAAUGAAGGUGUACAACUCGACCCUGACGUGGCCCGAGUACAGCAACCUGUGCGGGCCGCUGGCCUGGAAGGAGUCCAACAUGGCCCAGACGCAGAUCCUCUGCUCCCACCUGGAAGGCCACCGGGUCACCUGGACGGGACGCUUCAAGUACGUCCGCGUGACGGACAUCGAGAACGGGCCGCAGUCGCUCGUCAACCUGCUGCCUGUCUUUCUAGGAAACUGGAUGCGCUGUCUGUACGGCGAGCCCUACCCGCUGUGCGAGGACGGGAAGGCGAAAGCCCCCGCCGAGCCGCUGCCCGCUCCCGCUCCCCACCCGGAGGACCGCCUCUGCAAGCUGAAGGCGCUGGCCAAGCACGAGUGCCACGUCAAGCGCUUCGACCGGUACAAGUUCGAGGUCACCCUGGGCAUGCCGCUGGAGAGGAAGACGAGAGACGGCACGGUCAUCGAGGACGAAGACGCCACCAAGGACAUAGUUCUGCGGGCGAGCAACGAGUUCAAGUCUGUGCUCCUGCACCUGAACGCCGGCAGCCUGGUGGAGUUCAGCACCAUCCUGGAGGGCCGUCUGGGCUCCAAGUGGCCCGUGUUCGAGAUGAAGGCCAUCCACUGCUUGUCGUGCGGGGACGCCCGCGUUCCCAGCCGCAGGCAGUACAAGAUCGAGCACGACUGGAGGCGCAGCGUCCAGAACGCCCUGCAGUUUGGCUUCGACUUCUUCUUCAACCCCUUCCUGAGCGCUCGGCUCGAGGAGCACCCCGAGACGGAGGCGGAGAGCGCGGCGCGGGACGACGGAUAGAGGGAGGGAGAGACGCCUCAUGAGGAAACUACGGAAGAACGCUAACGAUUGUACAACACUGCUCUUAUCUGCAAUAUCGGAGGCCGACUACAGGAGGCUGCCCGGAUCCUCAGGCGUUUACUGGCUCUUCUAAAAGCACUCGUGCUCCUUUAACCUCUUCACAUUUGGUUACAUUACAACCACAACGUUCAGCGCGUCUCACUGGGCGUCAGCUGCUGGAGAUCUGUCUGAUCUGGUAGAGAGCUUUUGUUUUCCUUAGCUGGAUUUAGGGUUUGGGCUUUGACUAGGCCACUUUAACACAAACAUACGCUCUGAUCUAAACCGUGUCAUGGUGACGGUUGUAUGUUUAUGGUCUAAAAAAACCUGAGUGAAGUUGGCCCCCCCACCCUCUUCAAAUCAGACAAAAUUGGUGUCAAUCAACUCGACUCCGUUUGUGCUGGUUUGUGCAGCAAAAGUUUCCGUUUGUUGAUUGACAAUAAUUGACACCAAUUUCAUUUGAUUUGAAGAAGGUGGCGGGGCUGGUUGACCUUUGAUGACCUCUAAAAACAUUUGUUUAUAUCUUUAA